UCAAUAAGAGGGACCCUCCAGAGGCGCAGCCCCUCACUAUCACUGGACCUCCCCAUUUGAUGCCAAACGGCGCUGCGACCACAAAGGGAAUCAUGCCUGUGCCCAGGAAAGCAGGAAGGAAAAACAGCCGCGCAGCAGAAGAGAAUCAGCCGCCUCCAUAUGAGCCAAAUAUCCCCGAACCCACCACCAGGGCUGACUUCAUGAAAUAUUGGCUCCCGUUCUCUCUGGAUGAAAGAACUGCACAGAAGCUGUUGUGGAUUUCAGAGGGGGGAUCCAAAGUGGCCCGCACCUCCGAUGCCGUCUGCCCGUAUCCCACCAGGCCCGAGAGAUAUGAGCACUCCCCACAGGUGCUGUGUAAAGAAGGCCUGAUGGGCUACCGGGGGUACUGGGAGGUGGACUACGACGGCUGGGUGGUGAUCGGCGUGGUGUUGGAGAGCGCUCCGCGGAAGGGCCCGGACGCCCGGGGUUCAUGCGGCCUCGGGGAGAACAACAGCUCGUGGGGCGCCGGCUGGUCCGGCUCCUGCUACCAGGUGUGGCACAACAGCGACAACGUGGACGUCCAGCUCCCCCUGUCCUCCACCAUGGGCGUCUACGUGGACCAGCCCGCCGGCAUCAUCAAGCUCCUGGUGGUGGAGGGCGAGGGGGAGAAGGAGGUCCAGCUGAUUCACAAGUUCAAGGCCAACAUUCAGGAGAAGAUCUUCCCCGCGUUCUGGGUCGGCACAAAUUCGUUCUGCCUUCUGAGGAAAAAGGAUCAGUGACGGAGCAAAGAGUCGAGCGCGGAGGCGAGGCGGUUUAUGGUGUAAAUCUGGGGGGGUCAGGAGGGAGGUGGAGAGUUUGAGAAGUUUGGGGAACAAUGGAAGCACGUUGUGACAUUUGCUUUCUGCGGUUGCAUGAAGGAAGCUUGUUCAUCUCAUACUGUAGACAAAGGCGGCUUCUCCUUUUAUUUACCAUCCUGUGUGUAUUUAUUGGUUUUAUUCAACUCAGUUUACAAUAGCUCAUGUAUGAUUUUAUAAAACGCAUGUACUGGUGUGCUUGUUUAACUAAGGCAUCUUUUUAUAUGUGCUUAAUGUAGUCAAUAAACUAUUAUGUAAUAUGA